AUGACGCCCCCUCCGCGUCCCCUCCGCGUCCUCAUCUCAGGCGCGGGCGUCGCCGGCCCAGCCCUCGCCCUGCACCUCUCCCGCCUCCCGCCGCCCCUGCAAUGCAAUAUCACCAUCGUGGAGCGCCGUCCGCGAUCCCGCAACAACAUAGGUCAACAAAUCGACCUGCGCGGCCAGGGGGUCGCCGCGAUGCGCAAGCUGGGCAUCGAGCGCGCCGUCCGCGCCCGGCUGGUCGACGAGCCCGGCGUGCGCAUGCUCGAUAGGAGGGGGAAGCUGCAGGCGUACCUGGCGAGCAACAAGUCCGGCCGGGGGGCGCAGACUUUUUCGGCCGAGUGGGAGAUCAUGCGCGGGGAUCUAUGCGAUGUGUUGUAUGAGGCUUGUGAGGCGUUGGGGGAGGAAAGCGUGAGGUUUGUGUUCGGGACGACGGUGGAGGGGUUGGAGCGGCAGCCUGGCGAUGGGAAGGGCGCCGUGAGAGUUAGGUUGUCGGAUGGGAGUGAGGGCGAGUAUGAUUUAGUUGUGGGGUGCGAUGGGAUUGGGUCGAGGGUGAGGAGGGCGAUGUUUGGGGGUGGGAGCAAGGACGGGCUGGCUCCGGUGGGCAUGGCGUGCGCGUUGUUUACGAUCCCGCCGGAGGAGGGGGAUGGACCGGCUGCGAACUGGUGCCAUUUCCCUGGGCGGAGGUAUAUCAUGACGCGGAGGGAUAGAGAGGACUGUCUCAGGGUUGAGUUGGGGUAUGCUGGGGACGACCCCGAGCUGAAACGGGCUCUCAAGCACGGCACCGUGGCGGAGCAGAAGGAGGCGUGGGCCAACAUCUUCAGGCGCGACAUGCUCGAUGCGUGGGGAGUGCGCAGAAUUACCGACGGGCUCAGUUCGCCGCAGGCAGACGACUUCUACACACAGGAGUUUGCCCAGGUCAAGAUUGACAGGUGGUCUGAGGGCAGGUUCGUGCUUCUCGGGGACGCAGCCUUCUGCCCAGCGCCCCUCACUGGCCAGGGAACCUCGAUGGCGCUGAUCGGGGCCUAUGUCCUGGCCGGCGAGAUUGCCCGUGCCUGUGGGAAGGGCGCGCAGGGAGAGGUCGUGAACCCGUGGGACAACCUCCCCGUGGCGCUGGCGGCAUACGAGACGACGCUGCGGCCGUUUGUGAAGACGAUCCACGACAUUCCCGUCAGGCGUAUUGCCAGGUUCAUACUGCCAGAGAGCGCCUGGGUCAUCAGCUUCUUCCAUUGGGCGUUUUGGCUGUUUACCGUCUUGCGGCUUGACCGGCUCGCCACCUUGUUCAUGUCCGACGACACGGGGUCGUGGAAGCUGCCAGACUACCCCGAGUUGCCGGCGCCAAAGGAAUGA